UAGGGUGAGGUUACAUGUGACUCUCCGAUCUAGAUCACAUUAGAGGCUCUGCUUCCUCUUUUCUUGUUUAUUUAGGUACUUCACUUCACUACGGAGUUCACUAAAAAAACAACUCGAAGGGGAUUAAAGAAAACUUCAACACAAUGCUUGUAUCGAAGAAGCUGAAACCACAUCCAACUCCGUCAAGCAAUUGACGAGGAAUGUGGCUGUUCAAUAGUCACGAACAGAUAUAGCGGUAAUAGAAGCCACAACUAAAACUAAAUUUAUUUUCAAUAAUUAUUGUUCCCCGCUCUCUAAAAUCCAAGCAAGCUGUUUUUUCAGAACGAUGAUUGAAGCUUCAAGAGAGACAAAAUUUUAUACCAAACGAUAAUGAUUAUGUCCGUCAUUACAACUUGUUCAAAAACAGCUUCACGAUGGUCCUUGCCACGUUGCCGACAAAUGCUCAAAAACUCUUCGUAUGGUGUUCACAAUGAAGCAUCCAGUCGCGGGUUCACUCCCAGCCAGUACCGAGGCAUCGAUUAUUUACGGGAAGCUCGACUGUACAAGGGCACCGCAUUUUCGUUGGCCGAACGUCAAACGCUGGGCAUUCAUGGCCUGUUGCCGGCUGGAUUCCGAACCAUGGAAGAGCAACUGGAUCUGUGUCGGUUGUCGUUCUCGCGCUACAGCGAAGAUCUGAACAAGUACGUGUACAUGAUGGAACUUCAGGAUCGCAACGAGAAGUUGUUUUUCCGGCUGCUCACCGAGGAGGUGGAAACGAUGAUGCCCAUUGUGUAUACGCCCACCGUGGGUGUUGCCUGCCAGAAGUUUGGACUGAUCUUCCAUCGACCGAGGGGCCUCUUCAUUACGAUCAACGAUCGGGGUCACGUGUACGAUGUGCUCCGGAACUGGCCCGAACCGGAAGUGCGAGCGGUUGUGGUGACCGACGGGGAGCGUAUCCUUGGCUUGGGUGAUUUGGGAGCCUGUGGAAUGGGAAUUCCGGUGGGGAAGUUGUCACUGUACACGGCUCUGGCGGGAAUUCAGCCGCAUCACUGUCUUCCGGUUCAUAUUGACGUGGGAACCAACAAUGAGGAGUUUCUGAAUGAUCCGCUGUAUCUGGGAUUGCGGAGGAGACGAGCUCAUGGCAAUGUGUACGAAGCGCUGAUCGAUGAGUUUAUGGACGCAGUUGUCAGACGAUACGGUCAGAACACGCUGAUUCAGUUCGAGGACUUUGCCAAUCGGAACGCGUUUAGAUUCCUCCAGAAGUAUAGAAACUCUUAUUGUACCUUCAACGAUGACAUCCAAGGAACUGCCGCCGUAGUGCUGGCCGGAAUGUACGCCUCGCGAAAAAUUGUGGAUAGGAAAAUUUCGGAUCAUACUUUUUUGUUCUUGGGGGCUGGCAGCGCUUCGAUUGGGAUUGCCAAUUUGUUGGUAAAAGCAAUGGAAAGUGAAGGAACGUCAGCUGAUGCUGCGUGUGACAAGGUUUGGAUGUUUGACAUUCAUGGUCUUCUAGUGGAGAGCAGAAAGGAUCUGGGAGAACAACAAGAAGUGUAUGCAAAACAGCACGAGCCGUCUUCGAAUUUUGCUGAGGUGGUCAAGCAGGUAAAGCCAACGGUUCUUCUAGGCGCUUCGGCUGCACCAGGGGCUUUCACGCGUGAAGUUUUGGAGUCUAUGCGUAACAAUAAUGAACGCCCGAUUAUUUUCGCCCUAUCAAAUCCCACAUCGAAGUGUGAAUGUACGGCCCAAGAAGCGUAUGAUUACACCGAAGGUCGCUGCCUUUUCGUAUCGGGAUCACCCUUCCCACCUGUUCAGUUCAAUGGGAAAACUUUUCAUACGGGUCAGGGUAACAAUGCCCAUAUAUUCCCUGGUGUUGCCUUAGGAGUGAUCGUUUCAGGUACGCAUCAUAUUCCGGACGAUAUUUUUGUGACUGCUGCGAAGAGUGUGGCCAACCAAGUAUCAGACGAAGACAUAACAAAUGGGGCCUUGUAUCCACCCGCGAGCCGGAUCAAAGACUGCUCUUCUCAAAUCGCGCUCGAUGUCAUUGAAUACGCGUACAGAAAUGCAAUCGCUUCAACCUAUCCCGAACCGGAAGACAAAGUGGCUUUCGUUCAAUCAAAUCAGUACAGCUUUUGUUACGAUUCAGCUUUACCUGUCAAGUGGACGUGGCCCAAGGACUCCUGUCGGAUCGCUCAGGACACGAACAUCUUGAAGGGAUAAAUUAGUUUGUGGUUUCAUAGUUAUUCUGUUUAUUUUGGAUCAACAUAAUGUUACCCCGCCGUGAAAUAUUAUAAUUUUUAAUUAUAUUAGACCAUCGAUAAAUAUUUGUAUUAUUAUACCUUUCUUAUAUCUGAAGAUAAUUGCCUUGUCUCUUACCUUUCACUACUGUUGGGGCGAAUUCGCAUGAACUCGGUUGGUGAGAAACCAGAGCACUCCGAACAGGAACGAAGGUGGACUGGUUAGAACGUUCCCUUUUUGCAAAAGCUUCCGGGCCUCCUCGACACUAUACUCAGCCACUUCAAUUAUCUCAUCGUCCACUCCACCCCCGCCGGAAGGCACUUUGUCGCCGUCGGUGACUUCCACGUAGAACAGCGUUUGCAACGAUCCCGAUGUUCCCACCCCCGACCGGUAGCUUAUCACCUCUUCGAUCCGCUCCACCGGAACAUCAUAGCCGCACUCCUCCAGAAUUUCCUCCCUUGCAAUCUCGAUCAAGGGGAUCGGUUUGUCCACAAUGCCAGCGCACAGCUCGAGAGUCACAGCCAAGCUUGGAGGGUACUUUUUCAUAUCGAUGCUCCGCCCAUCGUCACCCGCUUCCGCACAAACCAGCCCAUGGUAAACAGCUUGAAAACAGCACAUUUAAUUGACUCAAACAGACGAGUGCCAAUCAAAGCUACCUACCUGGCCGGAACUGCCUGACAAACACCAGCUUCUGUCGGGAGGUAUUGAGUAUCACAAUCGACACCGAAUCGUGCACCUUCAGCAAAUCCCAGGAUUUUUCCUUCCCAUUUUGGGUGUAGUGGAACCGGAAAGGCUUCACGUAGGGCGAAUCCGGUGGCAGUGGUCCGUAGUAAAUAUUGCUGAUAUCGUUCAUUGCAGCAUCGACGGUGGAAACAGUUUCGGAAUGAAAACGGCAGCGACAACGCAGCUGCCAGCUGGCCUUGAUGCAACUGAAAU